AUGAGGAGAUUGUAUAAUAAUACCAUAACAGCCAAGGGAUCCAAUCUCCGGCAAAUUCUGGAGAGAGGUAAUCCUGGAAGUGUUUCUCCUUCGUCUAGUCUUUGUGGUUUCCGUUGCCGGGAACGAGCUUUAUCUGGUCUCAGUUAUGAUUACAGAGAGAAAUUGAGAAAUGGGUUACUCCAGGAUUUGAAGUUAGAGGAUGCCGUUGAUUUGUUCAGUGAAAUGGCACAGUCUCGCCCUUUUCCUUCAAUUGUUGAUUUCAAUAAAUUGUUGACUGCAAUUGCAAAGAUGAAGAAGUAUGGUGUCGUGAUAUCUCUGGGCGAGCAGAUGCAAAAGCUGGGAAUUUCACAUAAUCUGUAUACUUUCAAUAUUUUGAUUAACUGUUUCUGCCGCUCCUCUCGACUCUCUCUUGCUUUAGCUCUUCUUGGGAAGAUGAUGAAACUUGGAUAUGAGCCCAGCAUUGUCACGCUUUCUACGCUUCUCAAUGGAUACUGUCACGGGAAUAGGAUCUCGGAUGCGGUCUCUCUGCUUGAUCAAAUGGUGGAAAUGGGUAUAAACCUAACAUAG